UCAGCCUGCCAAGGUCGCUUAACACCUUAGUUUUCGAACACACCUCAUUUCAUGGAGGUUCUCAUCGUGUUUUUGUAAAGGAAGGAAAUAUACUAUUAGGUUAUAUUGUUAACAUAACAUAAGAAAACACGAACUGAACAUGUUACAACUGCCGUGGCCCAUUUAUUCCAAGACACUUUAAAUCUGUAUGUCACUGGAACUCUGGAUGCUGUUGCUGACUUCUCGGGAUCUAUCGCUUGCCAAAGCAUUCCAUGUUUAUUUGGAGAAAGACUGCAAAACAAUGUGAUGGAGGCAGAAGGCCCGGGAGGAAAUCCCAACGCUGCUGUGUCUCACUCACUUCCUCCCCAAGCAGAGGCGUUGAGCCCGGCGGAUGAGGAUAAUUGUACCACAACACUGGGGAGCUCUGAAGAGCCGGCCACACACCCAAACGGCAUGGGCCGGGCCAGCCAAGACGUGCCGAGGGACGGCGUGCCGGCCGACACUGUUACCGCGGUCGGCGACAAACGACAAGCUCUCUCCAGUCAGUCCGUCGCCACCGACAGCCAGGCGGAGCGACAGCCGCCCACGGGGAGCGGGUCCGCCGGUAAACUCUGCGGGUACCUCCUUAAACAAGGAGGUCCACUGAAGACGUGGAAGUCACGCUGGUUCACCUACGAGGAGAAGAGGAGCCAGCUGUUUUAUUACAGGACUGCGCAGGAUGUGACCCCCCUGGGCUGGGUCGAGCUUUGCUGCGCCACGUUCAGUUACCCCCUCCGGGGGGAGCAGGGCACCUUCCACAUCCACACCUCUGAACGCACCUUCAUCCUCAAGGCCCCUAACCAGGAGGCUAUGAUGUACUGGCUCCAGCAGCUGCAGUUGAAGAGAUGGCAACACCCUGACUGGAGAUGGGCCCCUAACCAGGAGGCUAUGAUGUACUGGCUCCAGCAGCUGCAGUUGAAGAGAUGGCAACACCGUGACCAGCUGACUGGAGAAUCCACCCGCCACUGUUCUCAGCACCAGGAGCCAGGGCAACAGGACUCAUUACCACCCAGCUGCCCAGAUGCCUUCCUGCCGACUGUGAAGAACCGGUCCAGUCUCCUGGGCGAGGACGCCACCAAUUUGGCAGCAUCGUCACAACGCAACCCCCUCAGCAACUUCUCCCUCAAACACCCGCUGAUUGAGAUUCAGAACUCUGUGCACAGUCUGCUUUCCAAGCGGUCCUCCCAGGAGUUGAGUCAGAGCGUGUUCCAUUUGGAGACACCUCCUCCUUGGAUACCUUCAAACGGCUCCAACGCCCCCUCACAGACGGCCCAGGACAGGCUUGGCCCUGGGAAUGCAGGAAACCCCGAGACACCGGCCACGCCCCUGCUGCCCGAGACACCGGCCACGCCCCUGCUGCCCGAGACACCGACCACGCCCCUGGUGGCUGCAGACCCCGUGGGCCAGUGCUCCCCCAAGGAGGCCAGGUGGUCCCCAUGCCUGUCCCAGAGGAGCAGGAAGAAGAGGGGCAGUUCUGCCACGAUGCCCGCUGUGUUCCGGGAAGCUUCCUCAGAAAAGUCGGCGCGCGUGACACACCUGCGGCAGGAGAAGGAGAUGCUGGCAGAGGAGGUGAAGGCCCAGAAGGAGCUGGUGUGGCUACUGCACAAGGCCCUGGAGGCAGCUCAGCUGGAGAAGCGGACAUGCGCCGAGUUCCUGGCAGCCGAGGGCGAGCAGGAGCGCCUGGAGCUGCUGAGGCACCGCGAGCGGCAGGCCGCUGACCUGCGCGGCCGCUUGGAGGAGGUGAGGGCCGAGGCGGAGGGCCUGAGACAGGGCCUGGCAGAGAAGGACGAGCAGGUGGACAAGCUCCAGCGGAAGGUCACCCUGCUGAGGGAGAAGAACGCUGCAAAACAAGAGGUGAUCCUGAAGCUGUCCGAGCAGUUAGCAGCCUGCAUGACCGACCCUAGAGAGAACGCGUCCAGCACCAACGCCCUGGAGGCCCAGACCUUCUGCCAGCUGCAGAAGGACACUGAAAACCUCAAGGAUGACAUUGAGGCCUACAAGAUGCAGAACAAGUUCCUGAACUCCGAGAUCUACCAGCUGACCCGGCUGUGGCGGAACAGUUCAGAGCAGGAGAAAAGCCUUAUGGUCAAGUGCGCUUACUUGGAGGCCCGGAACUGUCAGAUCGAGAGCCGCUAUCUAGGUGUACUGAAGAAGCUCCAGGAAAACAAGGCUCUCGAAUCAGGCCAGAAGGAGGCCGUGAGGAAACUCAUUGAAGACGCACUACAAGGAGACCCCAACGACGUGCUCAAACUCAACCCUGUCAGGGAGCACGAUGAGUACGGAUUCAAGAUCAUCCCGGACUACGAGGUGGAGGACAUGAAGCUGCUGGCCAAAAUUCAGGCCCUGGAGAUCCGCUCGCACAAUCUGCUGAGGCAGGAUGCUGGAGACAGGCCCCUGUUGGCCCGCUGGGCCCAGUACCUGGGAGGCCGGCCGGCCGACGACCUCUGCCCGUCCUCGGAGCUCAAGAACCUGUUACGAGGCGGUGUGCCUCGCGAGUACCGUCCACAGGUUUGGCUCUGGGUGGUGAGGGUACGCACGCGCUUGCUGAGGGAGCGCCACCCGGGCCGCUACGAACAGCUGUGCCAGAAGAGCCUCACCUCACCCCACCCAGCAUACAGGCAGAUCCAGUUAGACCUGCACCGCACUCUCACCACCAAUGAGCACUUCUCCUCCCCGUCCAGCCCGGUGCUGUUGGAGCUCCAGCGGGUCCUGAUGGCCUUCUCCUGGCACAACCCCACCAUUGGCUACUGCCAGGGCCUCAACAGGCUGGCUGCCAUCGCUCUCCUGGUUCUGCAGAGUGAGGAGGAUGCCUUCUGGUGUUUAGUAGCUGUGGUGGAGGCCCUUAUGCCCCAGGACUACUACACCAAAACACUCAUAGCCUCACAGGCGGACCAGCGCGUGCUGAAGGAUUUCAUGGCGGAGAAGAUGCCUCGUCUGUCAGCCCACCUCGAGGAGCACAAUGUGGACGUGUCCCUCAUCACCUUCAACUGGUUCCUGGUGGUCUUCGUGGAGAGCCUGCCCAGUGACAUCUUGCUGCGGGUGUGGGACACCUUCCUCUACGAGGGCACCAAGGUGAUAUUUCGCUACGCCCUAGCUCUGUUCAAGUACAAAGAGGAGGACAUCUUGAAGAUCCAUGACAAUGUGGAAAUCUACCAAUACCUGCGCUUCUUCACCAAGACCAUUUCUGAUGGAAGGAAGCUGACUAACAUUGCCUUCAGCGACAUGAACCCGUUCCCUAUGAAAGUGGUGAAGAACCGACGAGCACAGCAUCUGGAGCGCCUGCAGGGGGAGCUCCGAGAACUGGAGGCCCAGCAAGAGGAGUUUGUUGCAGAGAGCGCCGAACGCAAGGACAAAGACUUGGACACUAUACUGGUCAGCGAGGAUGACGAGGAGCUCUAGUGGCUGUAAGGGACUUUAGGCCAGGAGACAGACCACGUGGCCUGGGUUUGAAAGGACGUUUUAUUGAUGGCCCAGCAAGAACGGAUCUGACUGAGGACAAAUGUUUUAUUUCUGUUUUCGUGGCUUUUAGAAGGUAAAUAAUUUCCAGGUUCUGGUCAAGAACACUAAACCUGAUCAAUCACGUUCUCACUGAAUCACCUACUUAGUAUUAUUGUUCACUGUAUUAGGAAAUAACACCAAAGACACAACUUACACAUCUCAACGGUGGGAAUUUCAAACAGUGAUAGUGUUGUUUAGAUUUUCUACAGAAUAUUCAGAUUUUUAUAUUCAAGUUUUCGUUCAUAUGCAUGUUGUUUCUCUUAAAUAUUUAAAUGCCAUCUCCUUUAUGAUUCUACCAGAGCAUGAUAAUAGGU